CAGUGCAAGUUGCGGGGAUUAUACCAGAGUCCUAGGAGGAAGCUGCACAACUGGGAAACUGGCUUGUUGCGCGGAGCUGCCAUCUAGUGGUGAAACUAUCACAUUAACACUUGUUGUUUUGUGUACCGCUAGCUGAUGAGCCAUGAAGUAAAACAAGCUGAAUUUAAUUUGAAACGCAUGAUGACGUCAAACUUAACAGGGCACUGAAAUAAAAAGUCUUUCUAGAAAUGUUUACAUCUAGAUAGCCGGCAGUCAUCGCUGCUGCACGGACUGCUUAAAUCCGGACUGCUGUGGAGCAGGGCUGCUUUAGCAGCCAGCCAAGAUGGACACCGCUGAGGAAGCCGAUAUCUGCCGGGUAUGUCGGUCAGAGGGGACCCAGGACAAGCCCCUUUACCACCCUUGUGUUUGCACCGGCAGCAUCAAGUUCAUCCAUCAGGAAUGCUUACUGCAGUGGCUGAAACACAGUAGAAAAGAAUACUGUGAAUUAUGCAAACACAGGUUUGCAUUUACACCAAUCUAUUCUCCAGACAUGCCAUCUCGCCUGCCUGUGCAGGACAUCUUUGCAGGGCUGGUCACCAGUAUUGGAACAGCCAUCAGAUACUGGUUCCACUACACACUGGUGGCCUUUGCCUGGCUAGGUGUGGUACCGCUCACAGCAUGUCGUAUCUACAAGUGUUUAUUUACCGGCUCUGUGAGCUCUCUCCUUACCCUGCCAUUAGAUAUGCUUUCAACGCAAAACCUGCUUGCUGACUGCCUCCAAGGCUGUUUUGUGGUCACAUGCACACUAUGUGCCUUCAUCAGCCUGGUGUGGCUCAGAGAGCAGAUUGUGCAUGGAGGCGCUCCUCAGUGGUUAGAGCAAAAUCAACCCCCACUGGUCCCUAAUCAGCCCAACGGCCCUGCACCAGCUAAUCAGGGUGUGGGCGGUCACGCUGCAGCCAAUGCUCAGGAUCCUGCAGAUGCUGAAGCUGCCCAGAAUCCUGCAGAGCUUGGUCCAGAUGGGCUGGCGCCUGCUAACGUGCAUGUAGCUGGCAACCAUGAUGAGGCAGAACUGGAUGAUGAUGAGGACGAUGAUGAUGAUGAAGGGGAGGAUGAUGACGAGGAAGAAGAGGAUGAUGAAGGGAGGGAUGAAGAUGCUGCCGAUGCCAAUGAUGGAGGACAAGAAGAUUUGAACUGGAAUGCACUGGAGUGGGACCGAGCAGCAGAGGAGCUGACCUGGGAGAGGAUGCUGGGGCUGGAUGGUUCCCUAGUUUUCUUGGAACAUGUGUUUUGGGUGGUGUCUCUCAACACACUCUUCAUUCUGGUCUUUGCAUUUUGCCCAUAUCACAUUGGUCACUUCUCAGUGGUUGGACUUGGUUUUGAAGACUAUCUCAAAGCCUCACACUUUCACGGCCUUAUCACCACCAUACUGGGGUACAUCCUCCUGGCUGGAGUCCUUAUUGUCUGCCAUGCCCUGGCUUCAUUAGUGAAGUUUCAGAGGUCCAGACGCCUGCUGGGUGUCUGCUACAUUGUUGUCAAGGUGUCCCUACUGGUUGCCAUGGAGAUAGGCUUGUUCCCACUUAUUUGCGGCUGGUGGCUCGACAUUUGUUCACUGGAGAUGUUUGAUGCCACUCUGAAGGACAGGGAGCAGAGCUUUGACUCUGCUCCUGGCACCACCAUGUUCCUCCACUGGCUGGUCGGUAUGGUCUACGUCUUCUACUUUGCCUCCUUCAUCCUUUUGCUCAGAGAGGUGCUCCGGCCAGGUGUGCUGUGGUUCUUGAGGAACCUGAACGAUCCAGACUUUAACCCAGUCCAAGAGAUGAUCCACCUGCCCAUCUAUAGACACCUGCGGAGGUUCAUACUCUCUGUGGUGGUGUUUGGCUCCAUUGUUCUCCUGAUGCUUUGGCUUCCUAUAAGAAUCAUCAAGCUGCUGUUCCCAAACUUUCUUCCCUACAAUGUCAUGCUUUAUAGUGACGCCCCGGUCAGUGAGCUGUCGUUGGAGCUGCUGCUGCUUCAGGUGGUUCUGCCAGCACUGUUGGAGCAGGGCCACACUCGCCAGUGGCUCAAGCGCCUCAUCCACGCCUGGACAUUCACAGCUGGAUAUGUGCUUGAUCUUCACUCCUACCUGCUGGGAGACCAUGAAGAAGAUGACAACCAACAAAAUAACCAUCCUGGUCGCGUUAACAACAACCGGAUCCCGGGCCUCGGGGAAGGGCUUCACGCUGCCCAUCAGGCCAUUCUGCAGCAGGGUGGCCCCGUUGGUUUCCAGCCGUACCACCGGCCCAUCAACUUCCCCAUGAAGAUCAUUCUGUUGGUUGUCUUCAUGUGUGUCACACUGUUAUUAGCAAGUCUGAUCUGCCUCACACUGCCAGUGUUCGUGGGUCGUUGGUUGAUGUCCUUUUGGAUGGGCAGCGCCAUGGUUCAUGAGCUGUACACAGCAGCCAGCGGUCUUUACGUCUGCUGGCUGUCCAUUCGAGCUGCCACGGUGUUGCUGUCUUGGAUGCCACAGGGACGGACAGUCAUCAUGCUCAAAGUCCACGAGUGGACGCUCAUGAUCCUUAAGACGGUGGUGGUAGCCCUGCUGUUAGCUGCGGUAAUUCCUCUGCUGUUGGGUCUGCUGUUUGAGCUGGUCAUUGUUGCUCCUCUCAGAGUGCCACUAGACCAGACGCCUCUCUUCUACCCCUGGCAGGACUGGGCGUUGGGUGUGCUUCAUGCUAAAAUCAUCGCUGCUAUAACACUGAUGGGCCCUCAAUGGUGGCUUAAAACCGUUAUUGAGCAGGUGUAUGCUAACGGCAUCAGAAAUAUUGACCUCCAUUUCAUUGUGCAUAGGCUGGCUGCCCCAGUCAUCUGUGUGUUGCUGCUAUGUCUCUGUUUGCCCUACACAGUCUCUAAAGGUGUUACACCACUGUUAGGAGUACAGCCAGAGAUGCAGACACUUGUGGAGAGGAGAAUCUAUCCGUUCCUGCUCAUGGUCUUCAUCCUAUUGGCCAUCCUGUCGUUUCAGAUACGACAGUUCAAACGCCUCUACGAACACAUCAAAAAUGACAAGUACCUGGUUGGACAGCGACUGGUGAACUAUGAACGUAAGGCGGGCAGGAGCGUGUCCUCCUACAGCACCACCUCAUAGACUGAACCGUGCUGUGGGAUCGGUGGAGCAUACUCACACUAGCCCAUCACCAGUAGCCACCAUCAACGUAUUGUGAUGAAACCUCUUUUGUUUUCUUCCUGCUCGGCUGUCUGCUUCAAAUGCAGACUGAAACUCGUCAACUGUCCAUCCUGGUAAACGUUCAUGUCCAACGCAGCUGAAGUUUUCAUUUGUAUUUCACUUGUUUUUAAAAGGCUUUGUGUUGAAGUCAGAUUUUUUUACCUCAGACUGUGCUUCCCUUUGAGUGAAUGUUGUAAAGUAGUGUCUGGGUCACUUUGUUUAGACCUGUACAUAACCACAACAAGAAUCCCUCUCUGUUCCUGUGUGCAUCAACAAGUUUUCCUCACCUCCCUUUAUCAGAAUGAAGUAGUCAGUGAUGAGGAGAGACAUGAAUGACGUAGCAAUGUGAUUGUAUUUUUUUUCUUUUUUUAGUGGUUUUUAUUAGAUGUGUGCGUUCAUAUAUUUUUAGUCUUGUAUAUUUCUUGAGUGAGCUGGUAGAUGACCCUUUGAGAAUUAGAAAAAAUGAAAAUUGCAUUUCUUUAUGGCCACACUCGCCAAGGACGGGCUCCUGUGGUUUGUUUGUUUUUGGAGGCAUGGGCCUGUAAGUUUGGGCAUCAGUCUGGUUUUUAAAAUGAAGCAAAUUCACCUUCUACAAAGGAGAGGGUCUAAACCUGAGAAUAGAAAAGUCACAGCACAGAACAAAUGAGUUUUCAGCUCUCUCCAUUAAAUUUUAAAGGUUUUUCACACCCAAACAGCACGGGAGCACAGCAGGUGGUUGAGCUCAUUUCUGCAAAUGCCUCCAUCGAUGAGCAGAGGAUAACACACAGGCAAACUGUUUACACUAUGGCUGCCACCGGCUGCUUUGCAAGUGACGUGACUGCAUUUCUUUAUGCUAAAUCCCUGGACUGGGCUUUUUUACAUUUACAGACCCUACAGUCUGAUUGGAAAAGGUUUCAGCAGAGAAAGUGGGACAUAACUGGAGGCAAAAUGUUCUUCCCAGUUUAAUUUGGACUGACUGUUGUUUUUUUGGGUUUUUUUUUUUUUUUAAUGUUUGUUUGUUUUUAGUACAUCACUCUUAGAGGGACUUAGAGAUGACAGAGCUGGCAGUGCUGCUAAUCAGCUACUCACACUAACCUGAAAAUCAGCUGUAUAAAAUAAGAAACAUGACUAAUGAACUGAACUGGAAAACUCAAGCACCCCUCACACAGAGCCAGCUUGUGUCGGUGCUUUAUUUACUUCCUGAUUUACUUGCUCUGAUUAAUCAUGUAAUUGCUGUGACUUGCUAAGCUCAGUCAGGUCAAGACGUAGCACAUCAAAUCAAUUUAGUUACAAGUAACACCCUAAUGCUGGCUUCACAUUAAACUUUUGUCUAUAUUUGUAGGGUAGAUAGAAAUGGGCUCGUUGCGUUGUCUGAUGUGUUUCGUGUCUCUACUGAGAGAUGGGCGCAGCUUGCCCAACUGACUGUCACUGCAGGACCUGCAAAGCAGGAAUUGCUGAUGGUGUAUCCAUAGAUUCUUAGGGUUUUGUUUUUUUGGGGUUUUUUUUGCCCCAUCACUGCAGUGUCCCUACAAUUGUGCUCCUGUUGGUUAGUGUACCGCGGAGUGAGACAAUUGGUUAAAGACAGUGUCGUUUGUUUACGGAAAAGUCUUCACAGCACAACUGAGGGUGUAGGGUACCAAAUCUUUUAGGUUACUGAGACGAGCUUUGAUGGAGCUGAGAGUUUUCUGCAUCCCUGAUUUAAAAUGAGUUAACAAAGUAGUUUUUAGCUUAGCUGCUACUAAAUAUUAUUAGGAUUUCCAGGUGUUACUGUUGCAUAGUUAACAUUAAGUAGAGCAGUUUGUGGUGAAGUAAAAGAGGGGUUUGGGUUUUGUUUGUUUUUGGUUUUUUUUGUUUUGUUUUUUGUUUUUUUGUUUUUUUUUCCCCGGAACAUGAUAAAUAUGCUAGCUUCUCUGGCAGAAGAGGAGAGAACAAAUGAGCUGAAACUGACCCACAUUCACGUCUUCACCUGCUCACAGGUCCUUAAGGUGAUUUUCAGAGGGAGAAAUGGAUUAUUCUCUGCACUCUCAUGUAAGAAAUUCACUGUUAAUUGAAAAUAAGCCUUGAAUAGCAGGAAGCUGGAAGAAGGUGGCUCGUCCUCGAUUAUGUAACACUAACAUUCACCUGUGGUUGUUCUUGUGUCCUGCAUACUUAGCAUUGGCAUGCAUGAAAUGAGCAGACUGUAUCUGUAAACCAGCAUAAGUACUGCAAAGAAACUGUCUUAAAUAGAAAUGAGAAGUUUGAAUGACACCUGCAUGAUGCUGAUUUUUGUAUCUGUGAAACUAGUUUGCAAUUUUACAAUUUUAAGGAGUAGUUGAACAUUCUUUGAUGGGCUGGUUUCAUGAGAACAUUGAUACCACAGUAAAGUCAGAGAGUAGUGAAACUGUUAGCUUUAAGUCAAAUUGCAACAGACGCCACCCACUGCACCUGUAGUUAAUGACUGAUUAAUAAAUUAAUUGUACAAUUUUUCAGUUUCACAAACUGGAACAAGUCACAAAAAUGACUUUUAUGAAAAAGCCAACAUGUUCCAUGUAAUCUCCUUGGAUUUUCUUAGAUCACUAUACGUGUUGACUAAGUGCAGUGACGUCUGAAGAUUGUAGGAGGUAUUCUCAUGUAACAUGUGGCCUAAAUGUGAAGAAUCGUUUCCCCAGAGUCACAUUUCACUUUCUACAAAUAGCUAUACUCACUGUGCAUGUGGAAAAGUCAUUGUCUGAGAUUUGUCCUCCCACUGUCUUACUUGUGUGACCACAUGGUUUGCUAUGCUGCCCAGCAUUUCUCCUUUCACAUGACAGAGUUGUGAUGUGUCCUAUGUGUAGAUCCAGAAAGAAAGCAGACAAUUGGGUUUUAGAAAAGAUUUAUUUUCACUGAGUGAAAUGAGCUCCGGCUAUUUUCUGAAUCAUUUUUGUUACUAAUGAGAACAUAAAACAAAUUUUAUUUUAAGCGACUUGAUUUGGUAACUAAUUUUUUUAUGCAAAUGUUUUAAUGUUUUGCACCUUGUACCACACUUUGCAAUCAUUUCAGAAUCCACUGUAACACAGUCAUGCUAGCUCCAUUUAUUUUAGCCCCAAUGAGACUGAAAUGUGUCCGUAUCUAACUGGCUGUAUACAGUGGCUUUUACUUAAAUCAUAGGUUUUCCCCAACACACUGAAUUAUUAGUGUAAUGAGUACAAACUGCUUUUCUAUCGAUUGUGAAUGACAUCAACUUUAGUGCUACUUUAGCUGUAGUCCUACUGCUGUGUGGAGUGCUCAACUUAUAUAAAUAUAUGAUGCUAUAAAGUGACCUUUUUAGUCUUUGAACUGAGCUGGACACUUUGAAUUUUAGUGUUGAAUUUUUAGAAGAAAUAAUUUCUAUUUUUAUAUGUGGAAAAAGGCAGUGGCAUGUACUGUAACAUAAAGAUGUAUACUUAAAGCUCUGAUUGUUGGUUCAGUCAUAUGAAACAUAAUAAAUGCUUGAAAAGA